UGUCACACACAAUCUUGUGUCAUGGUGCUCGCUACGAUACGGGGAAGAGGGUCUCUCCUGGCCCGCCGGGCGGUGCUGGUCGCCAGCGGCGCCGCUCGCACGAGCAACGCGGUCGCGGUGUUGCCCCGGCGGUUGUUGAGCAACAUGCCACCUAACCCCCCCUCAAUGAAGACCAAGGAGAGGUCUGAGUUCCGGGAAGCGAAGUUGCCGGUGGACAACAUCGAGUUCAAGGAGAAUGGGCUGCUGACGACAAUAGACAGGCUCGCGAACAUCAUGUUCAUGGCGGAGAUCUUCCGCGCGUUGUGGCUCAGCGCCGAGGCUAACGUACCUAGAAAAGGUCGACGGCCAAAGGAAGGGGCGGGGGUGUUCUUCAAGCCUAAGGUGACCAUCAACUACCCCUUCGAGAAGGGUCCGCUAAGCCCUCGCUUCCGCGGGGAACACGCCCUGAGACGCUACCCCAGCGGGGAGGAGCGCUGCAUUUCGUGCAAGCUGUGCGAAGCCAUCUGCCCCGCUCAGGAAGCGUGCCCCGUCGACGCAAUCGUAGAGGGCCCCAACUACGAGUUCGCCACCGAAACCCACGAGGAACUGCUUUACGACAAGGAAAAGCUCUUGGCCAACGGCGACCGGUGGGAGGUGGCUAUCGCGCAGAACCUGGCUGCUGACCACCCCUACCGCUAACACAAGCAUGGCGGGCGUUCAGAGCGCAUGGAAACAGGAGAGCGGAAGAUUAUGCGGCGCAACCUGCUCCGCAAUGUCUUAAUGAGGAACAGGGGGGGGGGGGCGCGGGUGGGUACGAUCGGUUGUUUCAAGUCUAUUCCGCCGCCCUUUUGAGGCUGCUUUUCGGGGGGCAGGGUCUCCAGAGUUGUGGUGCACCCGAUGCGGUCGGUGCUGGGGACCAUGGCUCUCGUGAAACGGGCCUGAAAUUAGGGCGCUCUUGGUUUGGCUGCGGGUAGAUGGCCGCUUGGAGGCCUCUGACGCAGCGAAUGCAGGACGGAAGUUUCAAAGAAAGGGGGAGGGGGGGAAGGAGCGCGAUUUCGCUGUAUGUUCUUGCUGAGCGGGCGAGAGAGGGCAGAGCGCGAGAGAAGAUCUUUUCCGUGGACAUGCAUGCUCGAAGCGUGCCGGUUGUUCUUGUUGGAAAAAUAUCAGAAAAAUAUUGCAUGUUGGGGGUCGGAGAUCUGGCAGGCUGUCCUGCCAUCAUCCGGUGUGUUCUUUUGAGCAGUGUUUUUGUGUUGCAAGACGAGGUUUGUGUUAACGCUGCACCGCUCAGGGGAUCGCGUGGCGUGGAUCGUGUGGGUGGUGGCAUCCUCAACACGUAAGCCAUCCGUGAGGAAACGAAGCAGUUAAUGUUGUUAAACCUGAUCUUCAAGGGCUUGGG